ACCUGCACCUAAACCACAAGUCACAUGGACUCCCCCUAUGUCUUUUUUUGGGGGGGGUAUAUUUUUGGCUAGAGUGGUUAUGCUUUUAGCUGGCUUCCUCACUCAUGCAACACUCUCCAGUGCUGAAUGAGUUCAGCCUGAACGCAAGAUGUCCUUGAAGAGGCUUAUUCAACAGAGCAGCAAUGCCAACUGUGUGGGCUACUAUCUCAGCUCAACUUACAGCCCAUCUUUGGAGCCAGUCGCCAGUCCACCUUUGGACAACCAGAGAAGCCAAGUGUUCCCAGACCCAACUGGGACGUUGUCCAAGGGCUGCAAACAGCUUGCUUUAAGUAGAAUGAGUUCCAUAAGCAAAUCUUCUGGCCCACAGAGAAAGACAUUUACAAUCUUCAAAGAAGACAAUGAAACAUAUGGAUUUGAAAUCCAGUGCCAAAGUAAUAAUUUCAUGGGAACUUACACUUACAUUUGCAAUGUGAAAGAAGGAAGCCCUGCCUCUCUUACUGGACUCCAACAUGGUUAUAUCCUGAUCAGUAUCAAUGGAGUGAGCACUGAAGGACUAAGUCACAAACAACAGGUGGACAUGAUUAAAUCAUCUAGGAAUCUUUUAAGGUUAGACACUGUGAACGAAGCUCUGAUUAUGAAAAGAAUGGAACUGGAAAUGAAGUUGCAGUGUAUGAAGAAAACUUUGCAAGAUAAGUUGGCUUUGCUCCAGGCCCUAUGCUUACGAGAAAAACACCUUGCUCGUGGAGAAGUGUGCUCACCACCAGAUUCUGCAGGAUUAGAAGAACCUAGUCCCUUUGGUGAUCAUACUGGAUCAGAAUCAGCACUGGGCAAUAAGCUCCGAUUUUCCAGCGAAAGCAGCUGUUUAAGCCGCCUCAGCUCAAUGACGGUGGAUAGUGAGGACAGUUUUUACCAGUCCAGUGAUUUUGAAGACCCUGCUAAGGAGAUUUUUAGCCAACAGUCAAGCACAGAAGAUGACUGCUUUCUUCCAACUGGUGGUAAUGAAGUGAAGAAGACGUCACUGAGAAGGCACCGGAGUUUCAGUGUGACUAGCAAGGCCUCUAGAUCUCCUUCAAAGAAUGGAGACAACUUCUCAAAGAUCUUUGGGACUCUCCCACGGAAAAGCAGAAAGGGGAGCAUUCAAAGGAAGCUGUUGACUUUCAUUCCUGGCCUUCACAGAGCUGUGGAAGAGGAAGAGAGUCGUGCCUGACAAAUGGAACAAGUUCAGAAUGACAUGGUUCAUGGAAACCUUGGGCAGCAAUCUGCAUUUCUGAAAUCAAACUAGGCCUGCAUUUCAUAUUCUCAAUCAGUAACUCAGUGGAAGUGAAAUAAAUCGUUUGGACUGAUAGGUGUUUUUCCCCCCUGAUAUAGUUUCAGGAUAACCAGGGUGAUAACAUACAUUUGGGAGUUAUUUGUGGAGUUUUGAUGGGAGGCAAGAGUGAUGGUAACUAGAGUUAUUGCCUAGUAACAUUACUACAAUGUAGGCCUGAAACAAUGAGAAGGCAGCAAUUUCUAGGAGCUAAGACUUCACAAAGGUACUUCUUCUAUAAGUGUUUAACUGCUAGCAAGAAAAGAAAAAAAUACUUAUUUUCUAAAUAAGAAUGUAUAUAUUAUAUAAGCAAUUCAUGUAUUUGAUAUUAUGAUCACAUGGGAGAAGUUGUAUAUGAACCAGAAAUCUGUGUGGGCACAUUCACAAAAAUGCAGUGAUUUCUAUGAUCAGUAUAGUUUGGAACAAUCUAAACACCACAAAGCCAAUUUCAAUAAAGAUGAGAAGUGAAACAGCCA